GAGAAAUAAACUAGGAAGUGGAGAGGUGGUUGUUGGUUGGCAUGGAAACGGCGUUCCCGGAUGUACUGUGCGCGGGAGCGCCGCGGGGUUGGGCAAGGGCCCCGGGUGGCCCGGCGGCAGAGGGAGGGUAGCGGAGUGGGGCUCGCGCGACCCCGCUGUUGCAGAGCCUGGUUGCGCUUCCUCUAGAUCACAAUGGAUAUUACAAGGGGAAACUUGGAUGAAAUUUCAAAGCCUGCAUCUAGCUCAAGAGCGCAUCCUGUAAGCAGAGCUUUAAGUGCAUCUUUGGAGGUUCUAACACCAGAGCCACGCUUGUCAAAGGUUUCUUCACCAAUUGAUCGUAAAGAAGACAAUUCAAGAAACAGCAGUGUAGAGGAAGACAAAGAUGAUGAUAGCGAGAAGCAUGAAAUGAAGAAAAUGAGAAAAUCUCCACAGACUUCUGAGCGGGAAAUUAAUUGCAUUUUCCAGCAGAAGGUACAACAUGCCAAUGAGUGUCCAGCAAAUUCUACCAAUCUAGAAAAUACUGAAGAGAAAGAUAUAGAUCCUCGGAUUCAAGAAGCAAUAAAGAAGAUGAAUAAAUUGGACAAGAUACUGGCAAAGAAACAAUCUAGAGAAAGAGAAAUUAAAAAACAAGGCAGAGAAGUGAGGGCUAAACUUUGGGAAGAACUUCAGUCUGUAACCUCAUUAAGUGCUUCAGGAACUCAAGAGGAGAUAGAAAAUACAAACAAAUUUUUAGCUUUGACCACCUCAUUGCAGAUAGUUGAUCCUUCCCAUUCUGAAGAAGAUGAAAUAUUUAUUUCAGUAUUUCACACACAAAUUAAUUCAGAAGAUUACGACCGCAAUGAAAAACAAGCUGUACAGGACCAUCUAAAUGAAAUCAAAACAAGUGGCUCACUGAAAAUAACAGGAAAAACAGACCAAAAAAGUGACACCAGAAGUAAAAAUACUCAAGAUUUUAUUAAAAAGAACAUUGAGCUGGCAAAGGAUUCAGGGAGCCAACUGGUUAUGCUAGCGGAAGAGAAGAAAAGAUUGGUUGAACUGUUGAAAGAUAUAGAAGACAUUGGCAGUGAAAUUCAAGGCAUUGAGGAAGAUGUAACUGGUUGGCUAAUACCAGGGGAAGGGUACACACCCGAACCAAUGGAAUAUCAUCACCUAAAUGAAAUAGAUGCUAAACUCCAAGUAGUACUCUCUAAUGGAGAUUUCUCUGCAAGUCACAACUCCUGCUCAAAAGUCCCAAGCCAAAUCUAUCAGAAAUCUCUGGCUUAUGCAAACAGAAGUUUGGAAGCAGUUCCAGGUGAGAAGGCCCUGCAAGACACACGUGAGCAACGUGAGCAACAAAACCGACUUAAAGAGAUUAAUCAACAGCUGAAAAAUCUGGAGGGAAAUCUUACCGAAGAAGUACCUUGUCUCUCUGAAGGGCAGCUUGUGACUCUUCUGGAAGAGUGUAUGCAGUUUCCAAGAACAAUAAGCAAUGUUACCAUUCCAGAAUUACAGGAAUCUCUUUCUGAUGGAAUAAGUCCCUUUUGUUACACAACUCAAGACGCCACCCUGCUCUCCAGGUUUACUCUUUCCAAACUAUUAGAUGAAGCCUGUAGCGUGGGGAUGUUAUCAGCUCAGGAGGGGGCUGAUAUUGAAGAUAAAAGUAUAUGUGAAAGUGCAGAGAGUGAAACCUGUGGUUACUAUCUCGGUAAAGCAUUGGCCAUUAGUCAUUUAUCAAAGGAUUCUGUGGCCCAAAUAGAAGAAACUGAUGACCUAGAAAGUUCACAGGAGAUGGAGAAUAAGAGUAAUACUGAAGGUUACUUUAUGUCAAGAGCACUCAGCGCAAAAAGAUUGAAAAAACCCUCUUUCUUGGAUGAACUAUUUUAUUGCAUCAACAUGAACAAUGAACUAGCCACAGAGGCUGACAUUCCCAGCAUACCAUUGCAGACCAGAGGAGAUGAUCUGAAGAUUGAAGAUGUGACAGCAGAGUAAUAUACAUACUCCAACUUACAGUCAUUUUAAUAAAACAUUGGUAAACUACACUUCAGUGUUUUUCAUUAAUACAUGAUCAUUUCAGACUCUGAAUACAGUGAAAUCAUCAUGCAUAUAUACACUGCAUACCAUAAUUGUUACUGUGAAAUAGUUUCUUCUUACAGAGACAGUUAUUGUCACACAUUGCAGUUUGAGUUUUAAAGGAAAAAUAUUCCACUUAAUUGAAUUUCUGGUGAAUAUUUUACAUAAUAUUGUUCUGUGUUUUACCAGCAAUGUACAUUUUUUCAACAUACAGUAGUAGAUAUAAUCACAAAGUUGCAUUGAAUUCGGUAAAAUUGAAUAUGAACUUUGUAAAAAUGUGACAUGUCAAUUCUAAUCUAUUUUUUUUCCUUUUUUUGCAUACACUUUACUGUUUUGAAGAAAAAUGGCUAAAAUCUGACCGCAGCUAUUCCUGCCUGCAGUGAAGUUGUCUGUGGAACGGAUUGAAUUCUGUAAAGAGUGGUGAGCAUUCUGUCCCUGAUUCAGCAAAGUGCAUAAUCGUUUGCUUAUUUUUAAACCAACAAUAAUUGACAUCAGCAUGACUACUUGUAUUCAUAUAGUUAAGUAUGUGCAUAAAUACUUUGCUGGAUUAGAGCUACAGUGCUCAUCUUUUGCAGGAUUAAGUAAUAGGUGAAGAUAAGAAUUUAAUCAUAUGGCUACCCUUAGGUUCUAGUUGAGGUACAUAACUAAUUUGCACAGAGACAGUGAGUCAGUCUCGGUAGUCCUUUCUUAGGAUCUGCUUCUUAGUUGCACUAAAGCGCCUUUACACCAGUUUGACAGUAUAGAGAAGCCUAAUAGUGUAACUGAAAGUCAGAUCCACAGUUCUUAACGGGAGUUUUGUCUGGAUAAGAACUGAAGAUGGAAUUUAGAAGUUGGAUAUAACAGAAGGUAUGCAGGACCUGGAAUGAUAAUAUCGGAAUCUGAAACCUUCUGGUAAUGUCUAGCAGAAGGGGGGGAAACAGCAGCUGUUUUAUGUUUGAGAUAACAGUAUUAAAAAUUUACUUUGUCCCCACUCCCUCCCUUGCUACUCUGUCUCUUGAAUAUUUGCUUUCUUAAAGAGGCAAUCUUCUUUUCAUCUUGUGCACUAUUAUGUGAGAAUAAAAUAACUUUUUUCAGUGCUUUUUUUUAAAGAUUCUGAGGGAAAAAAAUAGUCGUGCUAACAAAGAUAAUUUGGUAGUUUCAUCAAAGAAAUCUAUUAAUUUAAUGUGACCUCCACAUAUAUCACAUUGACAAGUUUUCAGUUAACACAAGCUAAAAGCAUAAAUUUUUUUUCUUAGAUUUCAUACUGUCUAUCCACCAUUCAUUGAGAAGAAACUUCUGGUUGUACUGAUACAAAGUCAGUAAUGGCAAAGGUCAGACAUGAGCUAAUCUGAACUCAAAGUAAUAAACAUAUUCAGACAAAGUCUAAUCUGUGAUAUCAGUGUAAAUGCAAGUGGAGUUACUCCACUGAUGUACUUGGGAUUUACAUGGAUUUAACAGAUCAGAAACUAGCUCAGUGUGUUUUACCUUAUGAAUUUAGAUAACUGAUGCAUUAUAUUUGCCAUAAUCAAGUGCUACUUGUCCCAUUGGUAGUUUAGUGAAUGCUGUGCUCAGGAACCAGAUCCAAACUCCUCCAGAUCAAGGCCACCACAUUGUAUGCGUGAUUUAUAUAUUAUGUCAGAAAAUGAAAGCCUAACAGUGAAGUUAUCAUGGGGACUAGCAGCUUGGGAACUUUUUUGUAGAGCAUAAAAUAUUAAAUCAAAAUAUUAUCUCAUACAUACAAAAUAUUUGUGAGGUAAUACAAAGAAUAGAUAAAUAUACAAUUCUAGUGGGUGGCCUCACCCAUGGAGCAUCCCCUAACAGCCCAGUGCAGUGCCACCAUUGUAUCUCUGCCUCAGUCUCCCCAAGUGAAAGUUUUAAUAAAUCAAGUGGGGCUUGUAUAUUGAAUAGUGUCCAUUCAGGGGUCUAGUUUUUUUUAACUCCAAAGGAAGAACAUCAUAUAAAUAGGCCUGCCUCUCAGCUUCUCUGGCACAAAUGGGGCUAUGUUCCAAACUAUCCUUUAUACUUUUCCUCUUUAAUGCAGCAGUUUCCCACAGCUCUCUUCCCUGGAGCUGGGCUGUGGUUCAGGCCAGCUUCAGGGCUUUAGCCAGCUUCUCCUCAGCUGGGCCCUUUCACAGGCACCUGCCCUGUUGUGAAGAAGGGGGCAGCAUUUAUGCUGACCCCUUCUCCUAGCUCGUUCCUUAUUGGCUGGGACCCCUUUCCUUUCUCUCCAUAUCUUCUGAAGGGGCAGACUGUCUGUCGCAUCAAUAUAACUGCAAUCUUUAUUAAAGUCAUAACUAUAUGUAAAAUGUGUAUAAGAUGUAACAAUAAAUUCAGACCCACGAUGUUGCCAGUUUCUAUGAUCAAAUAUAGGUAAAAGUCUCAGAAUCUUCUGUCUUCUUGUAUCCAUUUUACUGGCCCUACUUUCUUCUAUUUUUCCUAAUCUCUAUGGGUGAGUUUCUUUGUUGCAACUCCAAGAGAUACAGAACAGAACUCACAGUGCAUGGUGAGGGGCUGUAGCAAUUUUAAGCCACCUUUAUGCCCUCCUGAUCCUGGGCUGCUCUGGGGGUUGGAGAGGAACGUGGGGCCUGUUUAAGGUAUGGCAGUGGGCUGCAGAAUCUGCUCAGUGCUCUGUGAUACAGCCCCUCCACCACAUAAUUUCCUGCUCCCAGCCCUGGCCUCAGCAUAAUGCCUGCCCUGGGGGAUUCCAUUUAGGGCCCCUUCUUGCUAUCCUGGCCAUUUUAUGUGGUUUAAAGGGACCAGAGCAGUGGUGAGGAUCUCUUCUAUCUCAUCUAUCUCAUGUAUUACAAAAGUAUGUUCUGUGAGCACUUGAUCUGACUCUCAUUGAAGUUUGUGGAAAGGCUCCCAUUGACUUCAGUAGGACUUGGAUCAGGAUCUAAGUGUCUAAUUUAAAAAGUGUAUAAAGAGUUGAUUUACUGGCUCUUUCAGUAGCCAUUUAUGUUACCUCAUUUUAAGUUAAAGGUGGGUGGAAUUCAAUAUUGUAUUGCUGGUAAUUUUUUUAUUUUAGAAUUGUAGACUUUAUUUCAAAUUCUGAGUGCACUAGUAGUUCAUGGUGUUGCCUCUGGCCCUUUUCUCAAAAAUGCGUUUCCCUUCCAUUUGUCGUAUGGCUCUCUUCUUUCCAUACUUGAAUAAAAAUACCAUUAUUAGGCUUUAUCCACCUCUCUGUCUUCCUUACCUUCCCCCUCCCCCAUCCUUUAAGUAUGGAGUUUGCUGAACCACCUCCAGCUCCUGUUGCUUCUAACAGGGAAUUAUGAGAUGAAAAAAUCAAGAAGAAAAAAAGUGUGUGUGUGGGAAAAUCCAUCAACUCUGGCAGAGAAAGAGACAAGAAGCCUCCUCUCAGUGUUGUUUCCAUGUUGCCAGCUUCCCAGGCAUACAGCUGUAGUGUGCAGCCUCUCCUGCAGAUCUCACUGUUCAUCCUAUUGCUACAGCCAACUCCAGUUUGUGUAAUUAAGGCAUGUGCACCUCUGCAGUUGGCUCCUUGCCUGCAGUCUUGCUGCCAUGUGCUCAGCUGCUUUUGCUACAUCCUGUUCCAGCAGGUUUAGACCUGCUUCUCUCCAAAACCCUUACACUGAUUUCUCUCAGCUAAUUUUCUUUGUGCAGGGAACACCAAGUUCCCUGGUGCCGCUCCUUCUCCUUUUUCCUGGCCCACCCUUCAUGAAUAUCGAGUGGAUUCUAUAACUGUGUUGAUUUUAUUCCCGGGGAGCUCACCCACACUAUUUCCCAUUUGAAUGCAGCUAAAAGAAUUACAAAAUACAUGUGAUGCUUCAAUUCAGUUGGACAGCUGCAUUCCACAACUGCCUAAUGCCCCUCCUUCUCUUCAUACUCCAAUCCUCUUCCUAAUGCACAUGUGACUAAGGCCCCAAUUCAGAAAAACACUUAAUUACUCGCUCAACUUUCAGCACGAGUAACCCCAUUGAAUUCAAACUGUUCUUAAAUGUUUUUCUGGAUCAGGGCCUAAGGUAGCAGGUCCAGUUGAAGGAUCCAGUUGCAGUGAUGAAGAUUCCCCUCAGAUGAAGGUUUAAGUUCAGAUGCGAAACCAGAUGGAUAAUCUGAUGGAAGGACCCUUCUAAGGGCUUGUCUACACAAGGACACUCAUGAAAGGUAAAAUUAAUCAACUAAGGGUUUGAAGUUAAAGCUCCUAAAUUAAAGUGCCUUAAAUCUUAUGUGGAUGUUCUCAUUUAGAAGUGGCCUCUACUUGCUUUACUUAUGAAUGAGAGCAUCCACACAGGGGUUUAACAUGCUUUAACUCUUGUGCGUUGACUUCACACCUUUAGUUGAUUUGCUGUAACAUUUAAGAAUGUCCCCACAUUAGACAAGGCCAAAGAUAGCUACAACAACUGACAUCAACACUUGUAAAAUACUCAACUCUUUAGUUCUGGAACCUGAACCUUGGAUGUACAUGGCACAAAUGCCUCCAAUCAAGGUGAAGUUUCACAUAAAGUGAUUGUAGUUGAGAAUUCUCAGACUGACUUUCAAAUCAUUCUUUUGCAGAUCAGAGUGCAAGUUGUGCAGAGUCUCAUGAACAACAUGAUUGCUAUUUCUCUAUCUUAAGGUUUUUAUAUUAGCCCCUAUCACUCUAGUACUUGAGUAUUUCCCAGGUUAACUCAGUUGGCAUAGCAUGGUCCCUAAUGGACCUCCUGGUAUCUUCAGCUCUUCAUUGGUUAUUGUUCUUUUUUAUAUUUGGAAGUGAUGAUUGUUGUAAGGAUCAUUCUGGUUCUGGUACAAAAGCUUUAUCAAAGGUCUUGCAGUGUGUCCUAAAAAUAGUCAGACUCUGGAUUAGUCUAAUCGUCUUCCACAACUGGAUUUCCUUGCUGAAAUUGCCUUACCUCCAGCUGUCAAGGACUUCGUUGUGGGCAGAUGGGGAACACAUCUGUCUUGCAGUUCCUAGAUGAAGAUGCAAUCUUUGAUAAAAGAAAAGGAGUACUUGUGGCACCUUAGAGACUAACAAAUUUAUUAGAGCAUAAGCUUUCGUGAGCUACAGCUCACUU